AUGAUCGUGGAUGCACAGACAGUUGCCGAACCCUCUCCUGGCUUCCGGAUCGAGGACUUCCUCCCCGCCCCCCACCCCCCCGCGCCAUCUUGCCGAUCACCUUCUCGAGUCGGUGUUUCUGGGAGCGCGUGUAUUGUCUGUAACUAUCCGUUCUUCCACCGACCCAGCUUCCAGGAUGCGUACGACAACCUCUGGCUUUCGCGCGAUCAGCCCGGGAACAAGCUCAGCGAGCUGAACAUCGGACUCGGUAAUCAGACUAACUCCAGCUCCCAUUCUGCGGUGUUUGCUUGUGCGCUGAACAUUAUCUUCGCCAUAUGUUCUUUCUUCGGUCCAAGCACUUCAUCGGAUUGGACUUUAGGACCGUCGGGGUCGUCCAGACGCUUUUGA